UUGUGUUUACGCUGGUUCGGUGGCCGUGAACACUUGUUCUGCUUUGUGCCCGUGUGGACCGGCGGCUCGGAAGCCUCCGUCCUUCGCCGCUUCCCCCUCCCGUUAUUCUGGAUCCUUCGCUUCUUUCUUGCGUCUGAGGCCUUAAGCGUUUUAGCAUCGCUGCACGAGCCUCACAGAUCUCCUCCAUUAUUCCAUAAUGUGAGCUCGUGCAUGUAAAGCAAUGCACGGAGCGGACCCCUGGAGGGACGCGUUCAUUAGACUCAGACGCCUCGCUGUGUUCUUAUUCCUGCAUUUUGAGGACACACUGUCGGGAGCGGCGGAUGCGGCGCCUGUGCGCAAAUGCCAAGCCCAUUUUUCAUUUUGCUCGUCUGUGGAGCGUCUGCGCAGCAAAUGCAGCCACUCCAGUGUCACAAAGCCCGAGCAGUGAACCGGGCUGCUUAUCUGACACAUAUGGGAUCCUCCGUAAUCCUCCCAGGGUCAGUGGACGCAGCAUGAUCCACUGUAGGUGCUCGAAAGCCUUUUAGAAAGCGUGUAACGAGCCGGAGCAUUGUCUGCAUGUACGUGGGGAUAAUAGCUGUGGUUUGCUGGAUCGCAUUGAUUCACGGAAUGAGCAUCUCCGCUGUCUUCCCCUCGCCUCGGACACACCUCUUUUCCAUCCUUCGUGGGUUUCUGGAGCUCCGUCCGUACGGGUGGAGGUGGGGGGUGAGGGGAGUGGGCAUGUUGUCGUCUGCAACCACAGCUGGAAGCCAUUUCAACCAGCCAGAUGAUGUGGUGAAAGGAAUGAACGGCAUCUCAGUGUCAGUGCGGUUUUGAAAGACACCCGUGGCCUUCUUUCUGCAAGUUCCUGCAGAGCUUCGGCACAAAGUUGGUCUCCACUGUGCGUCUGUCACAGAACCCUGGAGAACAGCAGCGUAGUUUGUCAAACCAAGGGGUGGAUUCUGGUUUCCUAAAACUCACACUGACCCCAGAGAAGAGACAGCGUGACGAUGUGGCGGUCGGGGACAAUCACACAACUCCUGCAUGCACCGGUUGAAAACCACCAGGCCCUGGUUCCUGUGGGCCGAGGCCCCUGAGCAGCUCCGCUAAGUGCAAUUUGACCAGUGGCUGAACAGGAAAUCUACUAAAACUGUGUGACGUUGGGUUUCGUCCCUUUUGUCUGGUCCCGAAUAUGAAACAAUGGCUCUUCUCUGUUUGGCUGCUGACUUAAUGGAGUCAUAGCUUGAAACAACGUCCUCCCGGCGUCAGCGUUAUGAAAUGAAUUCGCGCUGAACUGCUCCAUUUAGCAAAGACUGUCAGCCUAUUGCUUCAUGUGGGCGUGAUUCCAAAAGGGACCACAUCCAGGACAGACCUGCCAGCAGAGCUUAGCCUGGCAGAACCAGCACCUCUGAAAUGACUUGUCCAUGACCCAGCUUUUAGAUAAGACAUUAAGAUUCUCUUUGACAGACACUCGUGGAUGCUUUAAUUUAUCGUUUAAUACGUUGUAUCAGAGAAUAUUAUAACCAGUGAGAUUCUAGGAAAAGACGAGCGACCCAGACAGAUGCUGAAACGUCUGCCAUAAGAACCUGUUCUGGUGUCAGUUUCUGAUUGUUAGAGGAGCAGGAACUCUCCGGCUUUAAGCUGUGUUUAAUUGGCACCACGCUGAUCAGGGACUUUGGCUCAUUGCUCCAGUAAAACAGUGUGUGUGAUCGGAUUGUGUAGCUCCAGGUCCUGUGUACACAGUGAAACAUGCAGCAGCUGGAGGUCCUUGUUACCCAACUCGCUGCUAGAAGGAUUCCAUCGCUCUCAUCCGCAAACGGGAACUUUAAACGCUGCUGCUGUUAUGUAAGUAGUUUUAAGAGGUUGUGCCAGCUCUUAAACUGAAAGGAGGAUGUGUGGAAAGACAGCAGGAUGUGCCUGACAUCCUGGACAUGUGAAAACACUGACUUCACCUGAGCAGGAGGCCUUUCCCCUGCGGCACUUAGACGGAGGGCAAAAUGCAAACAGGGCUCCACCUUCAGCAGCAGCACUGCAGGGCUGGGCUCACGUUAAAAAGGUAGAGCCGGUCUGCAUCUGCCGGAGGCUGGGCGAGCGAGAGAGAGAGAGAGAGACACGGGAGGAAAGUAGGUCAGAGAUACAGAUGCAGUCAAGCAUGAGAGAUGAGAGCAGCAUCCUCAUCUGAGCUGAGCUCCGAGCGCUGGUGGAGGCUUCAGACCAGCCCGUCUACGCUGAAGAUGCUGUGAGGGCAGACAUCAUUUAAUAUAUAGGGCUUCAAGCCUGACCUGCGCUUGGCAAUGGAGUACAUGAACAACACCUCCAACAGCUAUGGCUCUGGAGACACCGUGAGCUCCACCUUAGCCAACAUGAGCAUCAACGACCAACACCACCAGGAGAACGGGGUCCAGGUGGGACACCGAAGCCCCGGAGACGCCAAAAUGAAAGCAGAGACGCCUGCAGACCAAAGCGGCGCUGCAGGGGUUUCUGGGCUCUCGGAGAGCGCCCCAUGUGAGGACCAGGGGCAGCUCGGUACACCUCCUGUCUAUGCAGGAGGAUCAGCUUCAACAGCUCAAGCAAAGAUGGAUAAUGGCUCUGCAGAGAAGACUCAAACUUCUGUCAAACCAGCCCCUAAGUCCAAACUCACCAAGGACCAUUCCUCCCGAAAUGGUCACAGCUCGAUCCCUGUUAAAACCGGCAGCACAGGGCCCAGGCAGCCUGGAGUUGCAAAGUCUCAAACCCCAGGAGCCAAAACUUCAGCAAGAACUGCUGUUCACUCAGCUAAUGCCAAGAAACCUCCCACUCCAAAAAGUGGAAAAGACUCUAAGAGUGGACAGAGCAGCCCUGGGACUCCCAAAUCCCCCUCGAGCCAAGCACAGUCUGCCGCUGAGGCUAACAAAGUAAAGAAGGUGGCGGUAGUGCGUUCUACACCCAAAUCCCCGGGUUCAAUGAAGAGCCGUCCUCCCGCUCCGUUGGCCGCCGCCGCGCCGCUGCCGGACUUGAAGGGUGUGAAGUCCAAGAUCGGCUCCACAGACAACAUCAAGCACCAGCCUGGCGGUGGAAAGGUACAAAUCCUUGAUCAGAAGGUGGACUAUAGUAAUGUGCAGUCUAAGUGUGGCUCCAAAGGCAAUAUCACUCAUAAACCUGGUGGCGGCAAUGUGCAGAUCCUCGACAAGAAGCUGGAUGUGUCCAAUGUCCAAUCUCGCUGUGGCUCUAAAGACAACUUAAAGCACACGCCUGGUGGAGGGAAGGUACAAAUUGUUGAUAAGAAGUUGGACAUGAGCAGUGUGCAGUCCCGGUGCGGCUCCAAAGAUAAUAUAAAACAUGUACCUGGUGGUGGCAAUGUCCAAAUAGUCCACAAAAAGAUUGACCUGAGCAACGUUACAUCUAAAUGUGGCUCCAAAGACAACAUCCGUCAUAAACCAGGUGGUGGAAAUAUCGAGAUCAAAAAUGAGAAGGUGGAGUUCAAGGUCCAGUCCAAGGUGGGAUCUCUUGACAACAUCGGCCACGUUCCUGGAGGUGGACUGAGGAAGAUCGAGAGCCACAAGCUGAGCUUCCGUGAGUCGGCCAAGGCCCGCACCGACCACGGCGCUGAGAUCAUCUCCCUGGACGACUCCCCUCAGCAGCUCAGCACCGUGUCCUCCUCCGGCAGCAUCAACAUGGCCGACUCUCCGCAGCUGUCCACGCUGGCCGACCAAGUGUCCGCCUCUCUGGCCAAACAAGGCUUGUGAACGCACCCGCUCCACCUCCACCUCAGCCACACGACCACGUACAGGAGUUGUGAUGCCUUCCUCCUUUCUGUCACUGGACUUUUUUAUCUCCCUGUCACAUUUUCCCUUCACUAACCUUUGAGGUGUUACUUUUAGAGGUCCUGAUGAUAUAAAAAAUAACCAGUAGGCCAUGAUGUAAUUCAUUUCUGUCUGUAGUCUUUAAUCUCUUCACUUUAUUAUUUCCACCUUUUUGUAAGUGUCCCUUUAAGACACCUUCUGGGAAACCACGCGUUUGUCACCUGGUGUUCUGACUGUAAGCUCCUGUUAGAACGUUUGUUUACAGCAUCCCCUCAUGUUUUCAAGGUCCUCGAACUAUGGAAGCUCAGCUUGGUGCAAACGGUCGGGCUCCAGCUGCAGGGUUCGGUGCGAGGAGGGAUCGGAGGGAAAACUAAAAGAAAAGUAGCAACUUUCUGUGUAAGGAUAGAAAAUGCUUUCAGACCUCACGCUGUCUUUGCUUCGUUUAGUCCCGGCGUGUGCUGCACCUCGAGCGGUUGCAGGUGACGGCUUCGCAACCGCUUUUAGGAAAAACUGAAAAAAAAAACGAACGGCUAGAGUAGAAACUUUGGGUUUGUGUUGGGCACAGUUUUCUAAUCGUACUCUGUGGAUCUAUGACAUGUAUUUGAUAUGAAGAAACAUUUGUAUUGUGCCUGCUGCCGUCAGUGUUCAUUCUCUUUAUUUGUUACUGCUCUGUUGUAAAUGCGCUUAAGCUUCGUCGUACAAGGUGAACAACGUGACCUGAAGGCAUUAAAGUGGCCAAAUGGAGACGAGACAAGGUGACGUUGUCACUUCAGUUAAUUAUUACAGUAUUUAAACAGCUAUAUGCACCUGAACCGUAGCUAGAAUAAUCAGCAUUGGUGGAAAACACUGAAGCGAGGCUGUUGACCUACAGCUCCACAGGUGAACUAACCGUUAGCAUGUGUAGAAGUUUCAUAUAUGGGAUAAAAUAAUAAUUGGCCGCCGUCUCCUUUUCUCUGCUGUUAAUGUUUAUUUGAUGUUUAACUGGAUGAAACCAGAUAUUAAGCAUUCAACAGUAGAGAAAAGGAGACGAGUGUGACCAAACCAGGAAAAGUACAUCUGUCACGUUUUACUCACACCGUGUUAUUCUAAUGUUGCUUCAUCUCGUUUUGAAGGUUCACACGACCAGUAAUUUAAGAUUCAGCUGGAAUGAGAGCUUAGAGCAGGAGAAGGAUGAUGAUGAUGAUGAUGGUGGUGGUGGUGGUGGUGGUGACUGGGUGAGGUUGAGAUGAGGACAGUGACGCGGUGCAGCUGUUGAACAUCGUCCGUAUCAGCUCACAGACCUUCACCUCUCAGAGUGUGUGGGCGCCUGACGUUGGACCAGGCUGCAGGUUUGUGGGCGGAGCUAAAGCAGGUUUCCUCAGGCUGCUGGAAGGUUGGAGCACGUCAGACUUAACUAGGAACUAACUCACACUUGAACUAACCUAGGUCAAAGUUAGCGCUGUCUACAUUGCUUCCUGUGGGGCAUUUAUUUAAAGGACGUUGAAGGCAACCAGCUGCAGAUCCAUCACUGUUCCGUUCCCUUAAGUUCCGCCCUCGUGUUUCUCUCAUCAGUGGGACUGACUUCUUGCAUGCACCUCGUGUGGGAGACGUCUGCUUGUUGCCUCCUUUUCACUGAGUGGUGUCGUGGGUCGAGUCCUGUGCAGGCGCUUUCUGGCAGGAUGUGGGUGAGAGGAGUCACUGCUUCAUGCGUUUAAACAGCAGACAAGAACCUUAAGGACGUUCCUGCGCCACCACCUGCAUGCGACAGUAAAUCCUGGGCUUUUUCCUGUGAAGACCCUGUUGAGGAGCAGGAUGGGAUGUUCCCGGGUGCUCCCUGUGCGGUUGUUGUUCGGAGGUUUCUGCAGUAAUAUCACCUCUUUUGUUUCGCUCCUCGGUUCCUUAUGGCGCUGUACAGUUGUGGAAAUGUGAUUGUUCUCGUUAUUGUGCAUUUUAUCAAUAACUGGUUUAUGAUGAUUCUUGUUGCUGUAUGUGUAUUUGAAAAUAAAUGCUAUGAAGUCACUGUCA